AUGGCAGGUUCGGGCUACAUCAGCAACUUCAUCUUUGGCCUUGUCCUCCUUGUUGCCGGCCUCGCAGCAGCAAAGCCCGUCAAGCACGUAUGGGACUUCGACUUCCACGCCGGCAACAACAAUCUCAAGUGUCCUGCAGCAGGUGGCUCGAAGUAUGUAGGCCCGCGCGGUGGGCAGUGGCACUGGGGCCCCAUCUCGGACAUCAGCUUCGAGCAGUGCAUCCAAGAGUGCGGCCAACUGGACGGCUGCUUCGUCGCGACGUACACGGGGACGUGCUACCUGAAGACAAUCGGCAAUGUGAAGGGCAAAGGCUAUGUGAAGAAGAACAAUAACGCCUACAGGGUUGCUAUCAAGCUUAACUAA